UUGGCAACUAAAUGAUGAGCUGUUGGUUAUUAUUUUUAUUUUAUUGUAGAUCAGUGCGACAUUCUUACGUUCGCUUAAUUAUAAGUUAAUUUAAACCCAUUUAGUACUACAUCUAUAAACACUAUCGAAAAAUGGAACAAACAAGCAAAGAUGUGAUGGAACCAAAGGUUGCUCCAGAAAUACUCCUGAAACAGUUUCUGUAUUUAUCAAAUACAAUAGGCUACAAUCUGUUUUUCACUGGAAAACCAGAAACCCAUAAGAACUUUGAUGCAUGGAGUCUUCCAUUUAUUACUGACCUAUUAAAAUCUGGCAACCCCCAUGUAAUAUUAAAUAUAAUAGAGAAUACCAAUGGAUUGGAUGCAAUCCCAAAUCGAGAGACAUUAUUUUAUGUGCUGGCACUAAUUACAUUGGCAGAGACAACACCUGCAUUCAAACAUCAUGUAUACAGGACAACCCUUCAAGUAAUUAGGAAUGAUGAGGACUUCUUCAAUUAUAUUAAAUUUGUUACAAGACUCAAUAAGACCUUCUCCAAGGGAAUCAACAAAAUUAUUGCUAGAUACUACUUAAACAAAGAACCUAAACAGCUGUUAAAAGAUUUUGGAUGUAAAAAUGGUUACCAUGGAUGGACUCACAAGGAUCUAAUAAAACUGUCACAUUUGAAAUCCAAAGAUUUGUUUACAAAUGCUAUAUUGGAUUAUGUUCUUAGAGGUUCUGCUAGUGGAAUCAUUAGAGCAAAUGGUGAUAAAGAAGCAUUAUCUGCUAUUGAGUACUUGGAUAAAUGUAAAGAGUAUAGAAAAUGCUUAGAUGAUGAUACUGCUGCUGAGAUGUUAAGUGAACUUAACUAUGAUAUUACUUAUCCUCCAGAUGCAGUAAAGAAACCAUUAAAGGUUUGGGAAACACUGAUUGAGCAUAUGGAUUUAAAAGAUGUGAUCAGGAAUCUAGUAAAAUUUUAUAAAUUGUAUUUAUUGAAACUGGAAAGUUCAUUCUGCACAAAACUGAUUGAUAUUUUGACCAAUGAAGAAAAAAUUAAACAGUCUAAAUUGCAGCCUUUGGACGUGUUCAUUGCAUUGAAGCUCUUUGAAAAUGGUGGAAAGUCAAGAGAUCCCCAUCUCGUGAAGUACUUGACAGACUUAAAGGCAGAAAAUGACAAAGUCAACAAAAAGCAGAACAUUAUAACUUCUGCAAAUAUCUUAAUUUCGGACCCGAUUUCAUGUCCUCAUAUAUCCAAUGUUCUCAAUCUGACGCUACAAAUGUCCACUUGCAAUUUUGAAACAACAGGCAAAAGAUUUCUGAUAAAUAUCGUUUUGGACAAAACCAAGUGUACUACACUAAAUAAUAUUAAUUGCGAUGAGGCUGCUGCUAUUAUAACGGUACCUUACGUAAUUGCUGAGAAAGAUGUGAUCGUGACUAAGCAGCUUCCCAAUGAAUGCGUAGAUUUCGACAUAGAUUUCAGCAAUUUUAAGGAUGCAGUAAACGCACUGAAAAAAGCAAAUAAACUGGAAACUGAUAUCCGCUAUCAGAAAAUGGAAUUCGACUAUGCAAUCGAAAAUCAGAAACUCGUUGAUGUGUUCAUACACAUAAGCGGCUCACCUGUACAAAAUAUCAAAUCAACAACUGAAUCUUUCAACAAAUACAAGGAAAUUAUGAAGAUGCCGUCUGCAAAAUUGGUGCUAUUAAAUUUUUACAAUACUCGUAAGAAGAGUUAUGAUGAAAGUAUAUUGUCUAUACAGGGUUUCGACACAAACAUCCCGAAAAUAAUUAACGCUUUCAUAAAGAAUUUGUUUUAAAAUGAUUACAAUUGUUGGUCUCAUAGCACUUUUAUUUUUUUAGUUU